AUGGCUGCUCGACUCCCUCUCGCGCGCCUUUCCGGCCAGCGCCUGACAACUCUGACCCGGGCCACUCGGGCUCCCAGCCGGCUUAGCGGAGCCCAGAGCCUGUCCACCCUCACGCGCUCCAAUGCCUUCCCCAGGUCCUCUGGCCUGCUGCAGGUGUCCUCGGGCAUCAAUGUCUCCCGCAACCUCGCCCCGUUCGUGGGCUCCCAGAUUCGCACCUACGCCGACUCCAUUGUCAAGGUCCCCCAGAUGGCCGAGUCGAUCACAGAGGGUACUCUGAAGCAAUUCUCUAAACAGGUUGGCGACUACGUCGAGCGUGAUGAGGAGAUUGCCACUAUCGAGACCGACAAGAUCGAUGUUUCCGUGAACGCCCCGGAGGCUGGUACCAUCAAGGAGCUUCUUGUGAACGAGGAGGACACCGUUACCGUCGGCCAGGACCUCGUCCGCCUGGAGGUGGGCGGUGCUGCCCCCGAGGCCAAGAACGAGGCCGCCCCCGAACAGCCCAAGGAGUCUGCUGCUGAGAAGCCCAAGGAGACCGCCGCUGAGCCCGAGAAGCCCAAGGAGACUAAGCCUGCUCCCCCCAAGCCCGCCCCUGCUAAGGCCGAGUCCCCCAAGCCUGCUGCUACCGAGUCCAAGCCCGCCGUUGGCGGUCGCGAGGAGCGCCGCGUCAAGAUGAACCGCAUGCGUCUGCGCAUCGCCGAGCGCCUGAAGCAGUCCCAGAACACCGCUGCUUCCCUGACCACCUUCAACGAGGUGGACAUGUCCUCGCUGAUGGAGUUCCGCAAGCUGUACAAGGAUGAUGUUCUCAAGAAGACCGGUGUCAAGCUGGGCUUCAUGAGCGCCUUCUCUCGCGCUUGCGUGCUGGCCAUGAAGGAUGUUCCCGCCGUCAAUGCCUCCAUUGAGGGCCCCAACGGCGGUGACACCAUUGUCUACCGCGACUACGUCGACAUCAGUGUUGCCGUUGCUACCGAGAAGGGUCUGGUCACCCCGGUUGUCCGCAACACCGAGACUAUGGAUCUGGUCGGCAUUGAGCAGUCGAUCGCCGAGCUCGGCAAGAAGGCUCGUGACAACAAGCUCACCAUUGAGGAUAUGGCCGGUGGUACUUUCACCAUCAGCAACGGUGGUGUCUUCGGCUCCCUGAUGGGCACUCCUAUCAUCAACUUGCCCCAGACUGCCGUCUUGGGUCUCCACGCCAUCAAGGACAAGCCCGUUGCCAUCAACGGCAAGGUUGAGAUCCGCCCGAUGAUGUACCUCGCACUCACCUACGACCACCGUCUCCUCGAUGGCCGUGAGGCCGUCACUUUCCUUGUCAAGGUCAAGGAGUACAUCGAGGACCCCCGCCGCAUGCUGCUCGGUUAA